AUGCCGCAGAUCAUCACUUCGUUCCGAGCCGGCGGGGGCCCGAGCCCGACGCCGCGGCCGAGGAUGUCCAACCCCGAGGAGCUCCCGCUCGCGCAGAACUUCGCGCGGGGUCUCGACGUGUACACGCGCCUCCAGUCCACCUCCGUGGACGACGACGAGAUCUCGCAGGCUGCCGCCGCGCUGAGGCAGGCGGCGCUCCAGGCGGACCGCGCGGGCGUCCUCAGCGCCAACGAAGUCCUCGACGACAUCGCCACGUCGGAUCUGAAGUACGUGCUGUGCGAGUUUUACCUCGCCGAGGUCGUGUCCAGGACCCGCGCCCCGAACCCGGCCGCCAGGGCGCCGUUCGCCGCCGAAGCCGCCGACGCGCUCGAAGCGUUCCUGCGCAGGUGCGAGGUCCACGACCUCCUCACCCCGGAGGCGAAGCGGCAAAGGGAGGGGCUGAAGCGGGGCCCAGGGGCGCAAAACGCAGACCCGGGAACGGCGAGGGCGGACAAGGUGGCCAGGUUUCGACGGGAACGAGCCAUCAGGGCCCGGCUCGAGGAGCUGGACGUCACGCGAAGACGUCGCGCCGAGGAGGCCCUGCUCAACGCGGACUGGGACGACGAGGACCCGGACGCCUCCCCCGAGGACGAGGUCGAGGAGCGAGAGCGGUGGACGCUCCUCAUCGAGGACGCCGUCGCGAAAUCGCUGGAUAAUCUGGAUCACCUGGCGCGGGAGCUGGAGAUGAUCGCGGCGCGGGACGAGCUCGCGGCGGCGCGGCCGGCGGGGCGGCCGAGGGCGGGCGGCGUGAACGCGAGGGCGGGACGGGGGGUCUACACCCUGAUGCCGGACGGCGCCGUCGUCCCGGGUUUCCACGACGCAUCCAACGGGAGCGCGUCAUCAAUCGGGGGUCAACCGACGGGUCAACAAACAGCGUCGGUUCCCCCGGAGCUGAUGGAGUCCCUUCGGAGGAUGUACGGGACGGGGGUCGCGGGGGGUUCGGCGCGGAGCGCGGAGCGGAUCAGGUCCGAGGUGUUCCGCCCGUCGCACGUCCUCCCCACGAUGACGGUGGAGCAGGCUGGCGAGAUUGAGCACCGCGAGAUGAUGGAGAGGCAACGCGCGCAGGCUGAGAACGCGGCGCGGAGGGCGCGGGAGGAGUCGGAGAUGACGCAGGAGGAACGGGAGGAGCGGGAUCUGGCGAAGGCGCGGAGCUGGGACGAGUUCAAGGACGACAACCCGUUCGGACACGGCAACAGCAAGCUGCGCCCGUGCUCGUAAGUGUCGAGUGUUUUUUCUUCUUCGGAUCUCUUUCUCCGGCGAUAGCGUUAUGAUAUGAUAUCGAGGGGUUAACAAC